AUGCGCAGCUUCGGGUCCUACGCAGCGCUUCUGCUCUCGCUCUCGGCCGCCUACAUCGGCGCCGCCGGCGCCGCGACGUGCUCCCCCAUCCAGUCCGACACCGACUAUUUCGGCAACGACAUCAAGUCGACGGCCCAGACCAACCCCGCCAACUGCUGCAACGACUGCGCGGCGACGCCGGGGUGUGUCCUCUACGUCUGGACGAGCCAGAGCGGCGGGACGUGCUACCAUAAGAGCGCCGCGAGUACCUCGUCCAACAAGCAGGGCGCGCAGUCCGGGUUUCUC